AUGGGCUCCAGGAGCCACACCUCGCUGCUCCUGCUUCCAGUGUUGCUUCUGCUGCUGCAGGUUUAUUUUGAUGUUGUGGACCGCUUAACAAGAAAGGUCAUGGAUAAUUCCUUGAUUUUCAACAUUAGGAUCAGCGAUGUGAACGAUCACGCACCCCAGUUCCCCGAGAAGGAAUUCAACACCAGUGCGAAGGAGCACUACCCUGCAGGUCAACCCAUUUUCCAGAUGUUAACAGUUGAUUUGGAUGAAGAAAAUACUCCAAAUUCUCAAGUCCUUUAUUUCCUUAUUUCUCAAACACUGUCACUGAAAGAUAGUGGCUUCCAGAUUGACCAUAUUAGUGGAGAAAUACAACUCUCAGGAUGCUUAGAUUAUGAGACUGCUCCGUGGUUUACACUACUAGUUGGAGCGAAGGAUUUCAGAGAACCUCCCUUGACAUCCACGGCCUCGGUUCAUGUGAACGUGCAAGAAGGCAACAACCACAGGCCCACGUUUACCCAGGAGAACUACAGGAUUCAGAUUUCUGAAGGCUGCACAAGCCAGAGCGUGUCACGUCUCCUGGUCCAAGAUGGUGACUUGCCAUUUACAUCAGCUUGGAGAGUAAAAUUUCACAUACUGAAUGGCAAUGAAGAGGGACAUCUGGACAUUCUGACUGACCCCGAGACCAAUGAAGGGAUUUUAAAUGUGAUCAAGCCCUUGGAUUAUGAAACUCACCCUAUACGAAGCCUUGUCAUCACUGUGGAGAAUGAGGAGCCGCUCUUCCCCUGUGAGGCGGGCCAGGUCCAGGGGCCCUGGGGGGUGGUGGUGAGCACCACUGUGAGCGUGCAGGUGACGGACACCAAUGACCCACCAGCCUUUUACCCCAGGAGCUUUGUCGUCAGCGAGGUUGACGGUGCCAGACCCGGAAUUCAGCUGGGAAUUUUCAAUGCUACAGAUCCAGACAGAGCUGCUGGCCAGAUAAGCUGUCGCUGA